UCUUGCAUAAAAUAAAGCUUAAACUAAGGGUUUCAAGUGAAUUAUUAAUUAUUGUGGCCAGCAUUUUAUUGUGCAGUGAUACCCUUCCCUGAGUGCAAGUAGUCGAGCAGGGAAGAAUUUGUGCGAAAGAAAACAACACAACGAAAAUGAUUCAAUGACGUCGCGAAACGAAUCCGAAUCGACAAAGAGAAAGAGCAAGAAAAGUGGCCUGUAUCUGCCUCCCGUAUGCUGCUGCUGCUGGGCUGGUUGACAGCAUAAUCAGUAUUAAAAUUGUGUGAAAACAGCCUAAAUUGGGACAACAAAAUUAAAUCAAUAUCUUUAAGAGAGGAAAACAUGUGCUAAACGCCAACUACACAUCAUAAUGGGGUCGCGUAUCAAGAACGAUGUGAAGAAACUCUUUGAGUUUUGGUGCGAGAUCAAGCCCACACCCGGCCUGGAGCGAGGGACAAGCCCACGGAACGGCGCCGCCGCCACUCCUGCUGGUGUGAUCGUGGAGAGCUUCCCGGAAGGAUUCCGCGAUAAAGAGGUGCUAGCCGGCAUACCAUCGUUUGCGUUUCCCUGCGAUCUCGAAAGCGACUCGGUGCAAUCGUAUUCGUUUGUCCACACCACAGGCGACUCAAAAUGGCGUUUUGGCUUCUGUCGACACGAUCCCAAGGCGAAAACUGCGAUGGUUCUGAUCACCUACUUGCCGUGGCACGAUACCUUCCUGAAACUGUUGCCCGUGCUGGCGGAGCUGAAGCGAACCGAUGCGAAUGGCUUCAGGACGUUCCUGUCGGAGGCCUACAAUCGUGGAGUGCCCGAUUCGGGCGGCAGUCUGACGGUCUUCUAUAACAGCGGACGGAGUCAUUUUAUGUUCGAGCGUCCGCUGCAGUUCCAGUUGCCCAGCAUGCCGGAAAACCACAAUCUCAGUCUGUACUACAACUUUGUGGAUCCCAAGGAGAUGAUAGCUGUGUUUGCGGCCAUGCUGGCCGAGCGGCGGAUCAUAUUCACCUCGCGACACCUAGAUCGCCUGUCCUCGUGCAUACAGGCAGCCAAUGCAUUCCUAUUCCCCAUGGUCUGGCAGCACAUAUUCAUCCCGGUGCUGCCGUGGGAGUUCAAAGACUACCUGGGGGCCCCCAUGCCAUAUUUAAUUGGUGUGCCAAAGCCUGUGCUCGAAACUGUAUCCGAGGAUGAGCUCGGGGAAGUUGUGAUCUUAAACUGUGAUACGAAGACAUUUGAGAGUCCCUUUGACGAUGUUCACGAUAUGCCCGCGGAGAUUGUGUCGCAGCUGAAGAAGCAUCUGAAUCACACGCAGGACCACAUUGGGGAUCGCAUCUCGAAGAUAUUUCUGAAUGCGCUGGUGCAGCUGAUUGGCGGCUAUCGGGACGCCGUUGAGUACCAUGAGACUAGCAAGACGUUCAACCACGACAAAUUCAUUGAAUCUCGGCCGGCCCAUUUGCGGCCAUUUCUUGCCAAAAUGAUGGAGCUACAGAUCUUUGCACAGUUCAUCGAUGAUCGCCUGAAGAUGCUCAACAGCGGCCUUGGCUUCUCCGACGAAUUCGAGCUGGAGACCGUGCGCUAUGCGGAGAAGAUGCGCAAGCGUGGCCGCAACUUUCUGAAGAAUGUCAAGGACAAGACUAAUCCUGCUGUUAAGUCUGCAGUCAAAUCGGUGAAGGACGGAUCGCGGGGCAUGAAGACCGCCUACAAGGGCUUCAAGACCAAGCUGCGGGAGAACGGCAACCAGUUCGGCGGAACCAACUUUCACUUUGGCCUGAACUCGCCCACCCACUCGGACCGACCGGACGGCGGAAGUGGGGGAUACGUGCGCAGCGGCAGGGCCCUUGGAGCGGCCCACCACUCGGCACCCAGUUCUCCAGUAACCAGCAAGCGGCUGGACAAUGGAAUCGGAGGCAUCCAAUGCACGGGCACCGGCCUCGCCCUCGGAACUGGCAGCAGCAGCACUCACACAAACGGCACGCUGGCCAGAGAGCCCCGGGAGUACGGGACGCGACGCGGUCCCGUUCCGCUGGCGAUGUCUAGCUCGAGUAGCCACAUACAGCCGAACGGUCAUGCGUACGGUGCGCAUGCUGCUGCUCAUUAUGGCCAUCAUUUGGGUGCGUCUCCUGCUGUCAGCUCAGCGAGCUCGCUCUGCUCAUCGUCAGAGAUGAACCUAUCGCAGGAGCUGCAAAACCAUCCGCUCUUCAAGACGCCGGCCGUGGAUCGCAGUCUUAAGCCAAGCGCAGAGCACCACACCACACGCACUCAGCGAGGAGGAGCGCCGCCGGCUCGCCCACCGCCUCCGCAGUCCACGCUGCAGACCACGCUAUCCACGCCAGCGUCCGCCUUUUACUACAAUCAUCCGUAUGCCACGCAUCAGCACGUGGAGACAAAGCCGCCGCGGCACACCUCCACGCCGAGCAAGCCACGUCAGCCACUUCCCACUACGGACUGCAGCUUUGAUAGUCCACCGGAUGUACAGUCGCCCCCCAUUCCGCCGCGGAGAUCCAAUGCUGUGGCCGCAACAGCGGCAGCCGUCAGUGCGGAGAUCAGCAAGCUGGAGCGUAACUGCUGGCAGGACGAGCCAGAACCAAACGAUUCCGUACGCAACUCAAACACAUCUUCAACGUCGACGUCGUCUUCCUGCUCCUCCGGCGCCUCCUUCGUGACGGCCGCCUCAACGUUCUCGCACCUGAAUGUCUCCGACCCGCCCAUUCCGACACCAAGGGCCAAGAGAGAGCAGUCCCAGCAGCAGCACCAUCAGACGCUGGAGGACAGCAUGAACGAUCUGAUAUCGCUGGACGAUAGCAACAACACCAGCUUCGAUCUGGAGGACUUUGAUCCGUUAAACCAGAAUGCACGGCCACUUCCUCCGCUGAGCAAAGUCUUCAGUAAGAAAUCCUGUACGCUUCCAGCGGGCGUCAACAGCAGCAUGGUAACCACAGCGGCGCCGGGCAACAGCGUCAGCAACCCACUCUAUCCGUAUUUCGCCCCCAAGCACAUGGCUACUGUUGCCGCGGUGACCGGAGGUCGAGCCCCACCGUUGCCGCCGCAAAUCCAGCGCAGCACCAUUGCUGCCAGGCCGGACGAUGACUUUGAGCUGCUGCGCAAAUACGGGCUGGAUCAGUUCACGUUGAAUGCCACGGCAGCGGAAAAGCAGCAGCACCAACAGCAAAAGCCGGCUAUAACAACGGCAGGGAGUGCGGCUGGGAAGGGCAUGAACAACUGGACGACGUUCGACUAGAGGGUAUCCGCAUCCCGCUAGAGAGACAUACCAAAAUAAGUGUGAUUCAUUCAAAUGUGUUGUAAAUAGAUAGAGAUAUGCGGAAGUCAGGAUGGGAUCACGAUUAAUUGGGGACCGAUGACCGACAACAGCAAAUUAACUCGAAUUAAGUAUUGUAGUCAAGCUAUCCUAUCUUCAGUGGCCCGUUC